AUGAAACUUAUUGUGACAUGUCUUUUGGCCUUCGUGGCAUAUGCCUCAGCACACCCCCAUAGAUGUAAGUAUAUAUUACGGCACUGAAUAGAGUAUUUCGAGUUUUUAAAAACAGUGAUAUUAUGUUAUACAUCUUGAAUGAAUUAGAAAUGAUAUAUUUUUAGUCACAUGCACAUUUGGGUCAGUUUUCAUUUCGUUGAGUUUUUCAGAAAAUAAUUUGAUUUUGAUCAGUAUUAAUCCAAUCCGGAAAACUUUAGAAUUGGAUUUCUUGUUAUUACCAAAAGAAUCAUAUAGUAGAAAAGAGCAGAAAAUAAAAGAGGAGUUUUGCUUUAUAUAUAUGUUUUAAAGAGAGAAUCAAAUGUUGGAAAUUAAAUAUUAACGAUAUUCGAAUCAAUAGCUAAAUAACUGGUAGCUGUAUAUGAUUUCAAAUCAGAAGAAAAUAUAAUUCAAAGUGGUUUUAGCAAGACGACCACACAAAAUUGUACUUGUAAUAGACUUUCGUGCUCUAAAUUUGAUAUUUCCGACUGUGAUCAUCAAAACAUAGAGUUUUCAGACUAUGGUCGGUUUGACAACAAAGUCAAAGAACCGAACGAUUUGUAGAUAUAACCAAGUACUUGUUUCUUAACGAUACUUAAUAGGUAUUAAAUUGAAGGGGAUAUUAAUUUUUUUCGCUGGAAUAAUGUCGAAUUUAGAAAAGUUGCGUGUGAAGGAUAUUUUUAAGUUACCUAAAUUUGAUCCGUCAGAUAUUGUUUCUCAUUUGGCAGCUUAACCAGUUAUACUUAACGAAAGAAACAUUGUGAAUUAAUGUGGGAAAACAAAAAUACUAAAUCUCAAUGAAAGUAGUGUUGUACAUACAAGAAAACUAAUUUAGCUGUUCGUAUGUAAUUAAAUAUUAAUUACGCACAGUUUAUUGUUUUCUCAACUGGUAGCUGUUCUCAACAAUUGGAAAAGCAUUUACAAGGCUUCGACUCUUUGACCCACAAUUGUGGUUAACAAAAAUUAAUCUAAUAAAGCUUAGUUCAGAAGAUAAUCUUAAAUUUUCGAAAAAAAAGCUGAAUCGUUCAUCUUUCAAUGAAGAUAAUUGUUACUCAUUUUGUUCUAAAAUGAAACGAUGUAAACAAUCCAACCAGCAAGAAAAAGAACCGGUAAAUUUUACAAUUCUACAAGAACGACUUCAACAUUUCACGUUUGAAAUAUACGAUAAACUGAUAUAUUAUUUCCAACUAUUUAUUUAGGAGCGAUACCUCAUCAAUAUGUUUAAUUGUUUGACGGAUAAAUCUUUGGUGUACUAUUUUCAGUUUUCGCAAGAUAUUAAUCUUCCAUCAUGUUUUGUUGUUGAGUGCAACAAAAAUUGGUUCCAUGCACUUUAUAUAUACUGUUUUUCAAACUGAUUCAACCACUCUUUGCAUAACAAUUACUAUUUUGAUGAGAAAUUAUAGUUACUUGUUGUUGUGAUAACUUGAUCAAACAUUGACUAAAGAAAUUUUGUUUUCUCAUUUUAGAUAUGCGAGAAGCAAACCCAUGUCCUCCUGGAUGUCCUAGUUAUUGUGCGCCAUCUUGUGUAGUGUCAUGUUGUUCACCACCUCCGCCACCACCACCCCCACCCCCACCACCACUCCCACCACCACCACCCCCAGCUCUUCCAGGUCCACCAGGCCCAUCAGGUAACCAAGGUCCACCAGGUCCCGUUGGACCCGUUGGUCCCGUCGGAGAAGCCGGACCCUUAGGACCUCCAGGCCCAGUAGGUCCACCUGGCCCAGCUGGUGACCCUGCACCACCACCGCCUCCUCCUCCACCAUGCCCACCAGUCUGCGCACACACUUGUGUUAGCUCUUGCCCAGGAUGGUGUUGCCAUGGACGCAAAUAGGAAGCGACUAUAAACGUUAGAUGAUUAUGAAUAAAUGAACUCCCAGACUAUAACUUGUUUUGAAUAAAAAAAUCCUAUAUAUUGACAAACGAACGAAUGAACUUGAUGUUAAUUUUAUAAACAAAGAUUGUCAUUCAAUUUUCUGGAUAUAAAUAUAUAAUUUACUUGUGCAUUUUUUUGUGUUUGCUUAUGGUGAAAAAGUAGUUACUGCGGGGUUUAAAAUAUUAGUGUACCAAGUGUAUUAGUUGAUCAUUAAAUGUGUUUUACUGUCGAUACAUCUCUGUCCUUAAUUCUUCUGCUAUCUUUAUUUUCAUUUAUCCCUUGGUUCAUGCUGUAAAACGAUCAGGAAAAUAAAUAAUUUUACUUAGUUUACCUUCUGCAUGUAUUGUCUUGUUGAGUAUAGAAAAUAAUCUAUUGCAAUGAAACUAAAAGCUUUUCAUCCAGCCUUUAUCGCGUCGUUUUAGCAGUUUGUCAACCAUACUUUCAAUAAAGUAACAAAGGCAACUCACUCCGCAACUGAUCUCAAAUGUACUUAGCAACUGGAAUUUUAUCGGAAUUUCAUUAUAACCAUGAACCAUAAAUAAAAAAAUAAACACGUUAUUUACCGUUUCGGUCGUCCGUAAUAAAAACGUUUUUUUCAGUACGGACCUCGCAGCCGGUAAAUAACUCAUAUAUUACGUCGGCUUCAUUAUUCAAUAUCGCUUGUGAUCUAUUUAGUUUUAAAGCCAGUUUAAUUUUAAGAGUUUCUGUUAUGAUAUUGGCAUUAUCAAUCUUUGAAAGACAAUUGUUCACAUAUAGGUUUAUACACUGUCGCUGACAGCUUAAACCAUGAAAAACUGACCUCAAACGUGCAAACCAUGCUACCUCCUCCGCAGACCAUACAGCCCGUAAUGAGUAUGCCCGUUCGCAGAUUGAAAUUUGAGACGAAGGUCCGAAGGCUUGCGUAGCUGUAAGGCCUGCUGGAUAACAUGCCGAUUACUUGGCUUAUAGUGUCGAUUACUCGGUUGGAUCAAAUUUCUUCAAAAAUAUGGCACAUCGUCUGCCAAUCUUUAGCAAUCCCGUUUUGCGAGUAUUUUCUAAAUACAUCUUGGCAGUUAUGGCUGAUAAAAGCGACGAGGAGAUUCAAAUAAUGAGGGGUUUUACAAGCACAAGCGACAGGGAUAAUAGACGUUGUGAAUCUAUCAUUUGGCCAAAUGGGAUGUUUUGACUAUAUACACACGCAUUUAAAUAGUUACACUGUAUAAAAGGCAAAUAUAAAUGGAAUCAAUUUUGUGGAUAAGCGGCCGCAUGCCUGACAUACGAUGGGUUUUAUAAAAGCGCUGCGUGUUUGUAAUAUGCAAAUUAUAAACUGAUAUUUAUCUGCUUCUCUUUAUAAAUCAUUAUAUAUGCUUGUUUGUUUGUUCAGUGUUCGAGAAUGUUUUUAUGUAUAUUUUGCGGAUAGGAAAAGCGGUCUAUAUCAGAAGUAGUUAUAAAGACUUUAAUAAUAAUAUUGUUCUGGUAAAAUGAUAUAUUAAAUAUAAUUUGGUUUGUGGCUCCCGCCAUUUUGGAAAAUUAGUCCGCAGGCUUUUCCGUUCCGUCUCCUACCAAUUUUAUUUUUUUGAAAGGCCUGCGGAAAAGGUAGCAAACCGCGUAAAUGUUAAUCUGCGUGUCGUCAAAAAUGGAGUACCAAUUUCGCGCAGCCGGAUAAAGGAAAGCUGAGAGGAGAGGAAAGUUCAUUAACGAUUGCUAGUAUAUAGAGGACUAGCGCACACAUCUAAUAUAUAUAUAUAUGCGGCAUCCGCUGUUAUAAAUAGAAUCAGCGCGAUUUUAAAAAGAUAUUAAAAAACAGUGACGCAGAUAUCUUCAUUCUCUACUUUGAAUCUUCAAGUACAGCAUGCUGAUUAAUGGCCGAUUGCAGCUAUAGACUAAAUUUUGGUCUAGGCAUGGUUGUUAUAAGACCUGGUUAGGGAACCCGGCAAACUUCAAAGAAAUUACGCUAUAAACAAACAUGGAGGUUGAACAGUCAGUUUGACCCUGCAUAUGUUGGUUUUAAUCAAUGAGAAUUGACCAAACGAUGUAAUACAAACAUUCUCUAUCGCAAAAUGGUGGUAAUACUUCGUUAUUUGCAAAAUAUAUAUGCCGUAAGAUAUAGCCCUGGUAGGCAAAACAAAUACUUGGUACCCAUUCCCUUCGCCAAGCUUUCUGAACUGACUAUUAUAUUGUCAAACAAUAGAAAGACAAAGGAUUUUUCAACCGUGACCCUGCACAAGGUACACAAUCACCUAAAACAAAGGGCUUCCAAACCAUGUCAUAUAUAUUAAUUAUGGUCUAGGCAAGAAGAACAAAAUCCAUCAUCACAGCUGGAAAGAGCAUGUUACAAUUAGUAAAAUUCCUACAACGUUUGGUUGCGAAAUGUUGUAAAAUGAGGAAAGUAUAGCCCUACGAAAUUUGCAAAUUUUGUAUUAAUUUGUAUUACGCACGUGAAAAUGCACCACUUUCGGCCCAAAUGUAUUGCAUAAUUCCCGCCCGUAAUACAAAUUAAUACAAAAUUUGCAAAUUUCGCAUGGCUAUAUUUUCCGCAAUUUACUAAUAAUUUUAACAUGCUCUUUCUAUAGCUGUGGUGAUCAGGUGAUGGAUUUUGUUCUUGCCUAGAUCAAAAUUUAGUCUAUAGCUGGAAUUGCCUAUUGUCGGCUGGAAAUUGAUAAACUUAAAACAAUGUUUGGGAACGUUAAUUAUAUAGUCGUUUAGGAUUGCUGCACGCUUGCAUUUCUAAUAUAAUAUAUAAUGCUUUGUAUAAUAGAAAGCUCAAAUAAUAAUUAUACGAAAGAUCAGAUGCAGUCUGUGAAUUCCAUAAUUAAUCAUAACUCAAAAGAUGAAAAGAAAACGAUGAAAUUCCUAAUGUUUAAAUUUCCUUAAGUUUGUAACAAUUAAUAUUUCCUCGAUAUUUUCUCGGGUUUACCUGCUUUACAAUUCAUACUUUUAUAGUACAUGCAUAUAGCCUACACUAAUUCGACUAACCCAUUGACUAUAAACAUUUUGCGUUGUUAUAAUCGGUAAGGAUGGCCUUCAAUUAAACAAUGAGACUAAAACGUCCACGUAUAGGUAUACAAAUUUUUUGAUAUAGAUUUCUUGAAAGACCGAUUUACUCGUGUGUAUAGUAGCCUACGUUACAAAUUAAAGUGUUAUUAAUUAUUAGUUUUCUUCACAAGCUUUUUUUGCGGAUGUGUAGCAAAAAGAAAUGACAAAUUUCACUCCAUAUAUAUAUAUAUAUAUAUAUAUAUAUAUAUAUAUAUAUAUAUAUAUAUAUAUAUAUAUAUAUAUAUAUAUAUAUAUAUAUACUUAUGAGCAAGCAUGUGUAGCCGAAUCGCAUGGGGGAAUGCAUGGGGAGAGGUGUGAAGCAAGAAUAGGAAAGGAGCUAAGCUUAUGGACUACAGGAACAAAGAACAGGUCAUGCAUAUUCAUAUAGGUUAUAGGUUAAUUUGAUUAUUUAAUAUAAUUAACUGUUAGAAAUGGCUUAAACGCAACGAAUAUAGGCCUAAUUAUCGAUUUUGUGACAUAGAGCAGUAUUAAAUCCUUUUCCAAAUGACGUGAACACAUUGGUAUCGAAGGUACUAGACACUCGAACAGACUUGGCCUCGUAGCUCAGUUGGCAGAGCAUUGGACUAGUAUCCUAAAGGUCGCGGGUUCGAUUCCCACCGCGGUCAGGCUAACUUUUCAGCCUGCCCGGUGUGGAUAUAGAGUAACAUAAAAAAACAUUAUAUUCACCUGAGUACAUAACAUCAAAACACACACAAAAAAUAUCAUGACAAAAUUAAAUUGUGAGCAAUUUUUCAGGGACUUUAAUUUUAGCCCAAAAUAUUAUUGUCCCAUGACUCAAACAGUUUCAACUCUCCUUUUAUUUCAAUGUCCUUACUAACAACAUUACAUGGAACUGUAAAUAUACGAUUUAUUUUUCCUUAAUUCAUUCGGGGCUCUUCAGAUUGUUCUAUAUGUUUAAGUCGUUUUUUUGUUUCUUGUGGAAUGUUAUUAAUCACAAGUUAUCAAUAGUCAAUUAUAAAAGAAAUUGUUGUAGAAAUUAGUAAAAGUUCAAAAUUGAAAGCAGCUAUCCUCUGUAUAAGAUUUUGGCCCAAAAUAUAAUUAUCCCAUGACUCAAAGAUUUUCAACUGUCGUUUUAUUUUAAUUAAUGUCCUUACUGCAUAUUUUUACUUUCACAAGUUAUCAAUGGUCAAUUAUAAAAGAAAUUGUUGUAGAAAUUGGUAAAAGUUCAAAAUUGAAAGCAGUUAUCGUCUGUAUAGGAUUGAAUUUUUUUUUUAUUCUCAUUUUCGCCUUAUUUAAUGUAUACGACAAAAUUAGAUCAUAUCCAUUCAUUUCAACUUUUGUUUAACAAUUUUAGUUUAUAUGAAAAUAAUUAUUUUCUUUGUUCAAAGUGACAACAAUCUCUUUGUGCUCCUAAAAACUGACAAGUCUUUAUUGUUGGUUCUUUGUAUAGCUAGCUAGAAAGGACCAGUGGAACUUUUUGGUUUUAUAUUCUUGACUCGUGAGCCGUGAAAUAAAAACAAUAAUACCCUUGUUAGCUGCGCUAUGUCUCAGUUUUUGCAAACCGCGCAUUUUAAUAAUAAAUACAUCGUUUGCUUAUUCAAUUCACUUGCGCUUUUGUUAUUUGAUUUACAUUCUGUCGUUGUGUGCCAAGGUAAGGAUCGCUAUUUUUUUACUUGAAGAAGAUAAUAUCAUUUAUGUAUUUUAAUUAAAGGUAAUGGAAAUAAAAACAGCUGGAAUAGAACAACACUCAUUAAAAGUCUUUAGCAAUUGUUGGAACAUAAAUUAUAGUGGUAGAUUUCAUUGCCAUUGAUUAAAAAAUAGUUGUAAAGUCAGUAUAGCUGCAUUUCAACGUAUGGCUGCUUGGAAAGUAAUAUAGUCAACAGAAAUAAAGCUAUUACCGAGAGAAGAGUGCCAAUUUUUCCAGUAAAUUGAACAACAUAAAGGGAAUCAUAAAUCGUUUUAGGCCAAUAAUUUUUUUCAUUUUAACAAUUUUCAGUCUUCUAUUUGAUAUUUUACGAUUGUGUUAGGAUGGACAAAAUUUCUAUACGAGUAUGAAUAUUCAUCUUCUUUUCUAUUUUCAUAUAGAUGGAUCUCAAAUUAUUUACGGCGUGUUUGUUGGUCGUAGUUUCCUACGCCGCAGCCAGAAGCGCACAUCGUGAGUACAUAUAUUUCCUUUAAUAAUAUAUUUGUGAGAUAUAGCAAAUUUAUAUAGACGUUGAAAGCAAGUUACAUAUAAAUAGAGGUUGUGCUAAUUCAUAUAAGGCUCUUGGUAGUAAAUUUAUCUUCAUCAUUGAGAUAAUAUAAAGAAGAAAAUGGGGGUUGUACUAGACCUAAACCAUUCUUCACGGAGACAUAAAACCCGUUAAAAAAUUUAGAAUCAAAAGUUGAUGAUAGUGUUCAUGUGUAUGAAAAAGGAACAUAAACGUUUAUUGAUCGUCUUUGUUUUGUAAAUAGGUUAAAUAGCUAAAAUCAUCUAUCGUGAUUCUCUCAGAUUACAAUAAGAAACUAUGCAUGCAAAUUGCUUCAUAUAUGUAUAGCACAAAUGCAUUCUAAAUAAGACAUCGAUCCUUGAAAAAACCCUAGAAAAUCAGCUGCUUGCAACGGAGUAAGUUAUAACAGUAAUACCUAUAUAUACAUUUGUUUAAAAAAAUUAGAAUAAAAAAGGAGCAUAUAGACUAAGUUCUUUUGAUCGUUUAUACGUGUCACAUAAAUGCAUCCUAAAUAUAAUCCUGUUAAUAUCUAGAAACUAUAAAAUCAGUUGCUUGCAACGGAGUAGGAUAUAACAAUGCAAUAAAUUAUGUACAACUUAAAGUACCAGUACCCAACACAAUGGGCCGUCUACCUUCAGACAAAAGGCGCUGAUUUGUUUUUAUAAACAGUGCAAUUUUACAGUCGUUACUAUUAUAUGAACUUGUCUUAUUGAACUGCGCCAGUUCGUUGCAAUUUAGUUAACUAAUAGUUCUGAAGAAACUGAACAGUGCUUAAAGAUAAUAUUAUACUAUACAAUAAUAUUACAAAUUCAUUAAUGUGGGAAAAAUAAUUGGAUUAUAGGAGCAGCAUGUUGCGGUCCUCCAAAUAUUCGACAUCUGGGUGAACACCAUUGUCAAAACGAAAUUUCUUACUUUCCUAAUAUUAUUUUCUUGACAGACUGAUAUUUUAUAGUUUGCGUAGAAAAUAUAUUUAUAUAAUAACUAGAGCGAAACACGCAAUUUGAUUGGUCAAUAACCGUUCAGGAUCGGUCAGACAAUCCUCCACGGAAAAUUUAACUGCCUUUGCGCGGGCUUUUAAUCAAAAUGUCGACCAAUGAAUACAUUUUAACGUGUGAAGUUAACAAUAUAUUAAACGAGAGACAAAUUAACAAAAACGUUAAUAAAGUUAUAAUAAAUUUAAAAAACGUAAACCGUUCAAAUAACGUUUAAAUAAAGUUAACGUUUUCAUAAAGUUGACCGUUGUUUCACUGUCGUUAUUUUAACAAUUACCAAAUAGUUUUCCGUGCAGGAUAGCGUCAUCCAUGCACUUGGGAUGUUGCUCAACUUUCAGUAAGGCUUUCCGAAAGUCUCGCAACAUCGUGCAUAGAUAACGCUAUCCCGCACGGAAAAUAAUUUGGUACACUUUUAAUAAAUCACUUUGCAACAUACACUUCACUUUAACCAGUUUAUCUGCUCCUUAAAACAUACUGUUAUAUCUCUAUUUUUUUCAGUAUACAAACGAGAAGCCAACCCAUGUGGCGGUGGAUGCGCAGGCACAUGUGCUCCAGCAUGUUCACACACCUGUUGUCACCCAGCACCACCACCACCUCCACCACCACUUCCACCACCACCAGUUCUUCCACCACCACCACCUGGACCUCCAGGUCUUGACGGUCCAAUGGGUCUUCCAGGUCCAAUGGGACCAGAUGGUCCAAAAGGUCCUCUUGGUAAUCCAGGUCCAGGCGGACCUGCAGGCCCACCAGGUCAAGCAGGUGCACCAGCCGGUCCAGGAGGAAGAGACGGUCCACCAGGUCCUCCCGGACCAGCAGGACAUCAAGGUCCACCAGGUGAUCCAGGUAUGUUGGGUCCACUCGGACCUCCAGGACCCCCAGGACAACCAGCACCACCUGGACCACCACCACCAUGCCCGCCAGUCUGCGCACACACCUGUAUUAGAGCUUGUCCACAACCAUGCUGUCAUGGCCGCUAG